CUCUGUGGCGGAAGUAAGUGCUAUUGCGGAGGCCUCAUCCUUCCAAUGGCGACUGCGAACAGGCUGAUUAUAGCAAGCGGCAGCAACCGUGGCGCGUGUCAGACCUGUGUGACAGAAAUUAAAUAAAUAUAUCUCAUACUUUGCCGUUAUUACAAAGUUCGGCCUUCAUUGUGCUUCUCUUCAAAUUUUACGUCCGAUUCAAAUGGCCAAAAAUCGGAAUAUUUCGCUCCUUGAGACGGAGCUCUAUUACUUGAUAUCUCGUUUCCUGACAACGGGUCCGUGUCAGAGAACGGCUGAGGUUCUGGUGAGCGAACUAGAGGAAUAUCAGCUCCUACCGGGGAGAUUGGACUGGCUGGGAAACGAGCACCCGAGAACCUACGAAGAUGUGGUUGCAGCCAACAGACACGUGGCCCCAGACCAUUUACUUCAAAUAUGUAAGCAGAUUGGAUCCAUUCUUGACAAAGAGGUGCCGUCCUGUGUCCCUGGGAUACAUUCACUCCUGGGGUCCGGAAAACAGUCCAUCCUUAGGACGUCCAAAGAAUAUGUUGCCGUGCGGUUGAAAACUUCAUCAUAUGCAGCCCUUCACAGGGGCAGACCACCAGAGAGGCCUUUCAACAGCAAGAAACCUCCACAUAUCGUGAAUGUAUGUCGAGGAAGAGAGCUCACAGGAACACAGUGUGACAGCUCCAUCUACCCUGUCAGCAACUACGGGCGCAUGCGUCUACAUCGGCGGAUCUUGGGGCAUCUAUCUGCUGUGUACUGUAUUGCAUUUGAUCGUACAGGUCUCAGGAUCUUCACAGGCUCAGAUGACUGUUUAGUAAAGAUUUGGUCUUCCUUUGAUGGGCGGCUUCAUUCAACGUUGCGAGGACACUCUGCUGAAAUCACAGACUUGGCAGUCAGUUACGAGAACACCCUAAUUGCUGCGGGAAGCUGUGACAAAACCAUCCGUGUGUGGUGCCUUCGUACUUGUGCGCCUGUGGCUGUGCUGCAGGGUCACAGUGGAUCAAUUACCUCUCUACAGUUUUCACCAUUUGCCAAGGGCUCAAAACGUUACAUGCUGUCAACUGGUACCGAUGCUACAGUAUGCUUUUGGCAGUGGGAUGUCAACAACAUCAACUUCAGUGAUCGUCCACACAAGUUUACAGAACGUCCAAGACCUGGAGUUCAGACCGUGUGCUCUUCAUUUAGUUCAGGAGGAAUUUUUUUAGCCACAGGAAGCACUGAUGAUGUCAUCAGGAUAUAUUAUCUGGGGACUGGAAGUCCAGAAAAAAUAUCGGAGCUCCAUGAGCACACAGACAAAGUUGACAGCAUCCAGUUUUGCCACUCAGGUGAAAGAUUCGUGAGUGGAAGCCGGGAUGGCACUGCAAGGAUCUGGAAGCUCCAUCAGCGCCAGCAGUGGCGAUGCAUUUUGCUCAACAUGUGUACCACUCUUCCUGGUAGCGAGCCAACGAGUGAAGAGGAAAACUACUUCAAGCCCAAAGUCACCAUGGUAGCGUGGGAUCGCCAUGACAAUACAGUCAUUACCACUGUCAGUAACCAUCUCAUUAAAGUGUGGAACUCCUACACAGGACAGCUUCUUCAUAUCCUCAAAGGCCAUGAAGCUGAAGUGUUUGUCCUUGAGCCGCACCCUUUUGACCCCCGAAUUAUCCUGUCGGCCGGGCAUGAUGGAAAUGUCUUCAUAUGGGACCUGCUGCGAGGGACAAGCACACAGCACUAUUUUAACAUGAUUGAGGGCCAAGGUUACGGAGCAGUUUUUGACUGCAAAUUCACCCCUGACGGUCAGCGUUUUGCCUGCACAGACUCUCAUGGCCAUUUGCUCAUCUUUGGCUUUGGUAGCUCAAAACCUUAUGAGAAGCUUCCAGACCAGGUUUUCUUCCACACAGACUACAGACCUCUGAUUCGAGAUGGCAAUGGCUUUGUGCUUGAUGAACAGACACAGCAAGCACCACAUCUCAUGCCCCCACCUUUUCUAGUGGAUGUGGAUGGAAACCCCCAUCCGCCAAGGUAUCAGAGGCUUGUUCCGGGCCGAGAGAACGUUGCAGCAGAACAUUUGGUUCCUCAGCUGGGAUAUGUUGCCACCAGUGACGGAGAGGUGGUAGAGCAAGUAAUCAGUCAGCAGACUGCAGAAGUUGAGGAGGUUGCCGUUAGAAGCAGCAGCCUACUGGAUGAGGCCAUCCGUAAUCUUCAACAGCAACAGGAGCGUCAGAACAGGGCUGCCGCAGUGGGUGUUGCUGUAGGUACACAAGCUGAGGCAGCAAUUCCACCAGCUCCAAGCACGCCACGCAGAGUGUCUGUAAAUGAUCGUGCAGAGGUGCAAUCCCCUCCUAAUGUCGGAUUGCGGCGGAGUGGACAGGUGGAAGGUGUCAGGCAGAUGCACCAGAAUGCACCUCGCAGUCAGAUGGCCACUGAGAGAGAUCUACAGGCCUGGAGACACCGGGUGGUAGUGCCAGAGCUCACCCCGAGCUGUUACAGGGACCAGGUUGACAUCAGGGUUGCCCAAGGAGAUGAAGAGGUGGCCUUAUACAACGCAAAGAAGAGACGUAUUAUGUACAGCAGCUGUAGAGAUGAAUCUGAUGAAGAGCCUCCUCCAGCAAAACGAGCACACAGUCGCAAUGACACGCUGGAUUUGAUCGAGCUGUCAUGUGAAGAGGGAGAAGAAACUGCAAGUUCUGAUGCACACACCGAGGACAAUGAUUUGGAUGGCAGUGAACUGGACUCAUCGAAUGAUGAGGAGUGGAAUAGUGACAGCCCAAGUCACUCAUCCAGUGAGUAUUCAGACUGGACAGCAGAUGCUGGCAUCAACCUGCAACCAUCGACUCCCUUGUCAUCUCGUAAACGAGUACGACGCCAGCUCAGCAGUUCGGAAGAGGAGGAAGAAGACCAUGAACACGAGGAAGAGAAAGCGCAGCAGCAACAGGAGAGUGACGAGGAGGAAAAAACAGGAACAAAAGGAAAAGAGAAGGCCAAGAAAUCAAAGAACAAAUCUCCCAGACGGCCAAAGGUCAGGCCAUCCAUCAACAGAGAAGUGUCCAACGAGUUUCGACCCUCUCUAUGGAUCACUGAUGUCAUUCCUAGGAAAUCUCCUUUCGUUCCCCAGAUGGGUGAUGAGGUGAUUUACUUCCGACAAGGCCACGAAGCUUAUGUUGAGGCUGUAAGACGAAAUGAUUUGUACCCCAUCAACUUGGAAAAGCAACCCUGGAAGAAAAUGGAGCUGCGGGACCAAGAGUUUGUGAAGAUUACUGGAAUCAAAUAUGAAGUCUGCCCUCCGACGCUUUGCUGUUUGAAACUGACUCUAAUCGACCAUGGUACAGGCAAAAUCACAGACAAGUCCUUCUCUGUCAAAUAUCAUGAUAUGCCUGACGUAAUAGAUUUCUUGGUGCUAAGGCAAAGUUAUGAUGAGGCACUCCGUAGGAACUGGCAACCAGGUGAUCGGUUUCGCUCAGUGAUAGACGAUGCUUGGUGGUUUGGCAUCAUCAUUUGUCAGGAGCCGUACCAGCCAGAAUAUCCCGACAGUCUCUUCCAGUGCUUCAAAGUCAGAUGGGACAAUGGUGAAAAUGAAAAGCUGAGUCCUUGGGAUAUGGAACCAAUUCCAGAUGAUGCUGAGCUUCCAGAGACGGAAGGAAGCAGCAUCCCUGUUACGGCAGAGGAAAUGAGUGAGCUGAUGUACAAGCCUCUUCAGGGAGAGUGGGGCGACAGGAGCCGCGACCAAGAGCGUGAGCGGAUCGUCGCUGGCAUUGGCCAGCUUAUCACUGUUGAGAUCGCUGCUCCUUUUUCUGGCCCUGUAGACCUGAUCCAAUAUCCCACAUACUGUACUGUGAUUGCUUACCCUACUGAUCUGGACACCAUAAGAUUUCGCCUCAUGAACAAAUUCUACAGGCGCCUCUCAGCAUUAAUUUGGGAUAUCAGAUACAUUGCACACAACGCCCGCACUUUCAACGAGCCAAGGAGCAAGAUUGCUCAUUCUGCAAAAAUCAUUAGCAAUGUCCUCCAGAAAUUUGUCAAUAAUCCGAGCUGCACAGACAUCAUGGAGAUUUAUAGCGUCAUUGAAGAAAUGGACGAGGAUGAUGAGGAAGCAGAUACAGAAGCACCAGGAACAUCCUCUGGACACAGGCUGCGUCAGCGCUCUGUGGAGGUUCUGCCUGACAAAGAUGCUUGGAAAGAGCAGUGCAAAAAUCUGCUCAACUACAUAUUUGAGUGUGAGGACUCUGAGCCAUUCAGACAGCCUGUGGAUCCCGAAAACUAUCCUGACUACCAUGACAUCAUUGACACACCAAUGGACUUUGGCAGUGUGAAAAGGACCUUAGGGGAAGAACGCUAUGAAAAUCCUAUCGAGCUUUGCAAAGAUACGCGGUUAAUAUUUGCAAAUGCUAAAGCCUACACACCCAAUAAACGUUCUAAGAUUUACAGCAUGACCUUGCGACUCUCUGCCUUCUUUGAGGAGCAAAUCCGAACAAUCAUAUCAGAUUACAAAACAGCAGUGAAGAGCAGUGCCAGGCUUCGUCGUAGCCAACGGUUCAAAAAGAAAAUGCAGCAUGAUCCAUCCAUCACCACAACAAGUCAAAAGAGAGAUUCUGUCAAAACUCAGGAAAAAGUGAAGUCCGUUACCCGGACCAAAUCUACCUCAGCCAUUGCCUCAGUUCCUGAGAGGGCCAGGAGGACUCGAAGAACCAGCACCUGUCAGAGUUCCUCAGAAGACGACUCUGCUUCUAAAGAUGCCUCAUCGACAGCAGAGUCCGACAGUGAAGUCAGCGAGUCAGAAGAGGAGAAGUGUCCAGGUUCCUCCAGACAUCAAGGAAAACAGAAGUCCAGAGUUACAAGAGGCAGCUCGUCCAAGCAGUGUAAAAAAGUUCCUGAGAGUGAUAGUGAUGAGAAGGAGUUUGAAGAAGAGGAUGAAGAGCCAUUUGACAGUGAAGGUGAAGGGCAAGAGAAUGGAGAAGUAUCUUCCCAUUCUUUCAGUCGUUCCUAUCGCAGUCGGGCAGCAAAGAGCACGAGCACACGCGUGACCAGAAAUGCUGCUGCAGCUGAUAGAAAAAAGACAGAGGGAAGAGUGGAGAUAAACGGUCACUCCAGCCGGUCCUCUCGCUGGGAGAAGCGUCUCCUCCAGGACUCUGACAGAGCUUCUUCCCAGGGUUCUGAUGGAAAAGAGGAGGAAGAAAUAACUUUCCGCAGAUCACUCAAGAGGAAAACGGCAAGGGCGGCUGUCAACAAGAUAAAACUCCUUGAAGCAUCAAAUCAGGAUUAUGACGAUGAAGAGGAGGAGGAGGAACAGCUGAUAAGGAGCCGCCUGCGCAACAUUUCCCGGGCCAACAAACGCACCACAGUGCUCGAGAGCAGCUCUGAUUCAGACAGAGAACAACAGGCCCAUGCAAAUACAAAGGAAUUGUCUGAAGAAUCUCAGGAUGACGAAAAUGGCAAUGGCAGCAGCUCUUCAGGUUUCUCUCCUAAUAAACAGAACGGACACCCUAGAAUGUCAACCAACACAAAGGGCAAAGGGGAUUUGACUUGUAUGAACGGACAUGGCCCAAAACACAAGAGUGACAGUAGCUCUGAGCAGGAGGAGGAAGCUCCAGGAGUGAGUUCUGAAGAUGUGGAGAAGGAAGAUGACGAUCUGGAAGCUGCGCGUCAGAAGUCUAGUAAAAGCUCAACCCGGAAGAGUAGGAUUACCAGUGAGGAGGAGGAGGCAGCUAACGAGGUGCAAGAGAAUACUAAACGAAGGACCACCCGACGCAAACUUCCGAUAAGCUCAGAUGAUGACUGUGCCCAGCAACAGCCACACCAGAAUGGAAGAAUUAAUGAGGAGUCUCCCCUCAGGGACUCUAAAAAGUGUAAAGUGUCUAUGUCUAAAAGCCAAGAUAAACAAAAACCUGCCUCAGUUGAUAAACCAGAUGCCGGCGAUUCCAAGGUGCUCAUUCGUACCCCAAAGAAACACCACAAGAAAAUAUUGAAAAAAGAUGAACACGGUAAAGCUGAAAGCAGUCACUCCAGUGAUAACUUGGAGAGAAAGGACAGGAAGCCUGUAGGGAACAGCAAAUCGAAACGACGCAGAAAUGGCACUUCUGCCUCUGAGAGUUCUGAGCAGGAAUUUAAACCCAAGAAGUCGAGGAUGAAACACCCCGCUGGCUCAUCGGACGAAGAGUCAGAUGAUCCAGAUAAUGUCUCCAACAAGCGGCUCAACCUCAGAGUCUUGCCUAAAAAGAAAUACAUAAGUGACAGCUCCGCUUCUGAGGAAGACACAAGAAAUGGGAACAAACCAGGUUCAGUCCUGAGGGAAGACCUCUUUAAUAAGAGCGUGCCGAAGAAAACCUCUCGGAAUGAAAGCAGGAUACAAACGUCUUCCAAGAGAAAACGAAUUUACACCUCAGGAUCGGAAGAUGAAAAAAGAGAGACCAUGGCCAAGAGCAACAAGAACGGGAAGCAUCCCAAAUCGGAAUCUAAACAUGACAAAGAAGAGGAUGCCGUUUCGGAGUCGAAUUCCAGUGAGGAGGAAGAUUAUAUCGGCUCCUCGCGGAGAGGGAAGAACGAGAAGCGUCCCAAAUUUGAAUCAAAACGAAACAAGGAAGAGGAUGCCUUUGCUCAGACAAAUUCCAGCGAGGAGGAAGAUCGUGUCGGCCUCUCGCGGAGAGGGAAGAACGACAGGCGGCCCAAACACAGAACACGUAAGGAAAGCUGCAGCACUAAUCACAUUUCAGACUCUGAAAGCGAGCAGUUGUCCACAGCCAGCAAAAACUCUUCUGCCAGCUCAGGUUCCCACAGCAGUCCAAAGAGCAGGAGUCCAAGACAGGCCAGGCAUGUUAAAAGGACUUCCGGUCGCCAGUUAAGGCAGCGCCGACCAAAAGUGGUUUCGGAGGAGGAGGACAGUGAAGAGUCGUACAGCAAACCACAGAAAAAGAGCCGCAUUAACACCCGCAACCGUGGGAAACGGACUGUCAUUUAUCACGACAGUGAGUAAAGGCUGAGGUGGGAUGACAACUGGAGACUGUUAAGACACUUAAAAGUUAUGGUAGCAGCACUGGUUUCCUCAAAAAAAAAAAAAAUGCUGUGAAAUUUCUUUCAGGGAUAUUUAUAUUUUCUAUGAAAAACACAAUUUAUAGAUGUAAUACAAAUUCAAGCAUUUUACUUGCUGGUCUUCACGAGGAUACAGAUCAAAAACACCACCUGCCAAUACUGAGUUGUGAUUGUGGCCAGCAGAGUAACAUUGUGAGGAAUCUUGGGUGCUAUCUAAUAUACCUCUUAAAUCGAAGCAUAUUGCUGGCUUGCACUAAGAAACACUGUAAGGAGGUAUUUCAUACACUAGUUUUGCAUUAGAAGCUCAGGGUUCAGUCAACUAAGUUUACUGUAGUCUCAGACAUGCCAUUUUUUUUUUUUUUUUUUUUUUUUUUUUUUAGCUAUCAAAUGGACAAGCAACAAUUCCAGGUGGGCAAAUGUCUAAGCACAUGGAAAUGAGACAAAACCAAUUCACAUUGUCACUUCAGACUACAGCACUCCUUUGUAAAUUCAUAAUCCAUGUAAUUGUUUUGAGUGUAUGAGUUAUGAGCCAAAUGAAUGAAAUGUUUCCCCCGUUAUUUUUUUUUCUUUAGAUUUGUGUUGUAUUCGUAAAUAGGUGUUGUGAUGGAGAAUGAAUGAAUUGUCCAUUAAUCAGUAGCAAUGUUUAUUUAAAAAUAUUUUUACAUUUUUCUUUGAACUGUCUUGCCAUCUGUCAAAAUUGGUACCUUUUUUUUUUUUUUUUUUGCCAAGUGCAAGCACCAGCUGUACUAACUGCAAAAUACUGUGAUUUCUCAUAUUGGGAAGACAUUUAAUUGUCCUGUGUUACUUUCAGUGUUAAAAUCUUUUCAGCAUCGACUAAAACCUGGUUUAGUUUGGCUUGUGCAGGAUUCCCUGAAUGCUGUUGCUUUGACAUUUUGUUCAGUGGUUUUUGUACUACUCCCUCAAUAAACAUAUUUCAAUGGCAAAUCAAUGACAA